UCACUUUUUUUUCGCUUCUAUUUGAUUUUCCAACUCCAACAUAAGUGCGGCUAUUUUAAAUAUUGAUGAGCGACUAAAAGUUAUGCAUUCAUCUUCGGCCGUCGUUUAGUCCGGAUCGGGUCGUCGCAGCAAUUUGUCAUAGUAAAACUGUCACCGCAUGUCACUCCCAUAGUGUUGGGAAGGAAAAUGGAAAAAGUUUAAACGGCGUGUUACUCAUUAUUUUGUAGCGUUUUGAGAAUUGUUAUGAGAAUGGGGAUUCUAAUCGGACGAAUGUUAAUUUUCACUUUGUUGAAACUGGUGAUUGUGUGUAACUUAUUGUCUGCAGCUGAAAACGAAGAUUUUCAGAUGAUUAACCUCUAUGAGGAAGUGGAGAAAAAUGACAAUUAUUCCCGCGUGAGUUGGUACGUAGCCAGCGAACGAAGUUCUGUUGAGUGUGGUGGAGUGUUCAAGAGACUUCAGACCGAGCUAAUUUCGCCGGAAUAUCCAGAUAACUACGGGGAUGAGUUACGAUGCGAAUACACAUUCAAAUCCCCGUUUGUGUGCAGUAGUCAGUAUCACUUUCAAUUUCUAGACUUUGGGCUAGAGCCAUCGAGGAAUUGCUAUAAGGAUAGACUAGUUAUCGGAGGCGAAGAGAUUCUGUGUGGGACAGUUAUUGGGUCGAAGAAAUACAAUUCGACAAAUGGAAUUCUGAAGGUGAAAUUUGUAACCGAUGGAUGGGGUAGUGAUAAAGGUUUCCGUAUCCUAGUUACGAGACAACCUUGUGAUGAUAACGAAGUAGUAGAAUCAUCUACGGCUUACACGGUCUAUUCAACAAUUCAAGUAUCUGAUGAAACUACUCUGGCAAAUAGUGGUUUAGAAGAUGAGCUUUUACCGCCGAAGAAAUCAUUUACUGUUAACAGCCGACAAGAUAUUCCGCCAGAUUUCAAUCCCGGUAACAACGGAUAUUUACCCCCAGUAACACAAAAUCCUCCGUCUUAUCCCAUUAAUGCAUGUCCUCAGCCCUGCAAUUAUUACUCUAACUGUUAUCCUAAUAAUCCUGGAUCUGUACAACCAACCUAUCCAAGUUACCCUGUAUAUCCGAACUAUCCUGUGAUUCCUAAUUAUCCUACUUAUCCAAGUUAUCCACAAAUCCCUGGGACGAUCGCACCUAAUAAUCCAACCUAUCCAAAUGGAAACUAUCCGACCAACAAUUUCCCUAUAUACCCUAGCUAUCCGAUUACGCCGAUCUAUCCAAAUCCCAAUUGCCAGUACAAUCCAUCGGUCUGCUCCCCCAACUACCCUACAUAUCCCACAAAUAACGGUGAUGGAACCAACUCAAUCGGAGGGGCUCCUCCAGGAUAUCAGCCGACCGUCAAAGACCCGGAGAUAGAACUAGCCGAAAACACCACAUCCGAUCAACCCCAGCGUCAAGAUAUACCACCACCACCGGGACUGCCACCGGCCAUCCCCGGCAUACAACGGUGUUGCCGCAAUGUUUAUAACCAGAAACGCUUCUACCUGGUCAGCCCCAACUUUCCAUCCUACCAAACAGCCAAUAUGGAUUGUUACUAUCAAAUCUAUCGGUAUUCUCCGAAUACUUGCCGGCUGAUAAUUUCCUUCAAAUACUUCCUGCUCGGAGACGAUCGCACGGGAUGCAGUGAUGCUUUUCUGGAGAUCGAUGGCCGUCGAAUCUGUGGCUGUCGUACCGGAAUGGUAUACACGAGUCAGUGGAGCAAUUUGCCAAAAACGAUUCGAGUCCGCAGCAGAAUCAAUCGGUUUUCCAACGUUCAAGGUUUCGUGCUGGAUGUGUAUCAGGAAACUUGUCCCUACCGCUAUAUCCGCAGUCAUCAACCCGCUGCUCAGGACAGACAGUGGACCGAGCGUCCAGUUCAUACAGUGACACCGGCAAACGUUACCACGGUUCAGACUAACUCAACUUCGCUAUACUCCUACUAUUACUUCACCGCGGAUCAAUCACAACAGGAGGAAACGAAAGCAGUCCCCACAAUAGUGCAGCGACAUCCGGAAGGACCCUCGUCGCGGUUUUAUUAUCCGAAUAAUGUCAAUUCCUACGGAUCAUGCACAUUCAACGGGCUCGAUUGGCUUCGGCUUAAAGUGGAGUCGUUGUGGAUUGCUAAGCCGGGAUGUUAUUAGGAUUGGGAAAUUAAAAUCGAUUGGUUCACCUUGUUUCACGUGACAUAAUUAAAAGAUGUUCUCAAUUAUUGUUAACUUUGUAUUCUUUUCGUUCAGACAUCUCCGAAACCGAGUGUGCUGUGCUCGCUAAAUAGGACCAUUUCAAAUUUAUUACAUAC